AUGAAUUCCCGAAAGGCUUUAGUGCUUCAUAAAAGCGAAUGGGACAGAAUAAGAAGAAUGCACAACGAUGUAAAAAUAAAUAGCUAUGGAGAUUAUAUGAAAUCGUUGAAUGAGAUAUCUCAAAGUUGGAUAAAAUCUUGGCCAGACACUGAGGAGGGACACGUUAAUCUCGUUCAAAAACGUAUAAAGGUUCAAAAAGAUAAAAAUCUUGCCUUCAUGAAAGAGUACAUCUCUAAACAAAAAGUUGGAUACAACAAAGACUCGAUCAAACGAGCAAGAGAACUUAUUUUUAACGAUAGCUGCUAUGGAAGACAAUUAAUAAGCGCCUUCUUAGAAUCAAAAACUUUCGAAGAAAGAGACGCUCAAAUUGAAUUUCAAAAUAAAUCAAUCGCUGAAGCAAAGCGUGACAAUACUUCAUUUUUGUGUAAUUCUAUUGAAAGUGCAGAAGAAAUGGAAAGAAAAGAGAAUCUGGGAAUAAUAAAACAAAAGAUAAAAAAUAAAGAGGCCGCAGAAAUAAAUAAAAUGUUAAUUGAGACCAAUAGAGAAAAAACGAAGGAUAUUAAAGAUGAAAGUAUGCAGGACGAUCUGUACCAUAAAAGACUGCUAGCUAUUGAAAAUUUAGAAAAGGAGAAAAAAAUAAUUGAUACGAGGAAAGAAAUCGAAAGGUUCAUGGAAGAACAGGCAGAUAUUAAGGAAAGAAAGAGGCAAGAAGAAGAGGAAACUUUGCAAAAGAUCGAAAUGAUACGGCAAAAUCAAGAUCGUAUUGCUUGUAAAAUUCAUAACAUCAACAACAAGUUAAUAAGAGAGAGACAUAACAACAUGACAGAAAAGGUGUACGAGCAAUUAAAAGUGUUGAAAGAUAAGGAGCGAGAACGCUAUGAUAAAUUCAUAGAAGCCGGAGUACAACGCAAACUGAUACUUGAAGCGUAA